AAAAGCACUCGCUGCACGCUAUACCCAGAACCCUAAGGCUGAGGGGCCCAACAGGACCUCUCACCUCCCAGGGCACGUCACACUACAGGAUGCAGACAAGUCCUCCGCCUGCCCCAGACAGAGGACCCGCAGCNCCCCGCGCCCGCCCGCGCCUCGUCUUCCGCACGCAGCUGGCGCACGGCAGCCCCACGGGCAAGAUCGAGGGCUUCACCAACGUCCGCGAGCUCUACGCCAAGAUCGCCGAGGCCUUCGGGAUCGCGCCCACCGAGAUCUUAUUCUGCACCCUCAACAGCCACAGAGUAGACAUGCAGAAACUUCUGGGCGGCCAGAUAGGGCUGGAGGAUUUUAUCUUUGCCCACGUGCGCGGCGAGACCAAAGAGGUAGAAGUCACCAAGACGGAGGACGCGCUGGGACUGACCAUCACGGACAAUGGGGCCGGUUACGCCUUUAUCAAGAGGAUUAAGGAAGGCAGCAUCAUCAACCGGAUCGAGGCAGUGUGUGUGGGUGACAGCAUCGAGGCCAUCAACGACCACUCCAUUGUGGGCUGCCGCCACUAUGAAGUGGCCAAGAUGCUCCGGGAGCUGCCCAAGUCACAGCCCUUCACCCUGCGCCUGGUGCAGCCCAAGAGAGCCUUCGAUAUGAUUGGCCAGAGGAGCCGUAGCAGCAAAUGCCCCAUAGAAGCCAAAAUGAGCAGCGGGAGAGAGACUCUGCGGCUCCGUGCUGGGGGGGCCGCCACGGUGGAGGAGGUGCCUAGUGAAUUUGAGGAGGAAGCAUCACGGAAGGUGGAUGACCUGCUGGAGAGUUACAUGGGCAUUCGGGACCCAGAGCUGGCGUCCACCAUGGUGGAGACGUCCAAGAAGACGGAGAGCGUCCAGGAGUUUGCACGCUGUUUGGACUCCGUCUUGGGAGAGUUUGCCUUCCCGGACGAGUUUGUGGUGGAGGUGUGGGCCGCCAUCGGCGAGGCCAGGGAGGCCUGUGGCUAGUCUGCUCCGGGGCUGAGCGCAGCCCCAGCCCGGAGCCCAGCCCCCUACCCCAGCCCUCCUGGCCAGUGCCUGAGGCCCAGCCCUGCUCCAGAUCCCAGCCCAGGUCUGAGGCCAAGUUCAUCUCUAGAGCCCAAUCCAGUUCAGAGACCCAACCCAG